AUGUGUGCUAAAGGUAGGAACAGCAGUAGGCUAGCUACAGUGUAUUUCUCUCUUGGUGUUUGCUUAUCUAAUUUCAGAAUAAGAACCCCAUUACUUGUUUAAUGAGGUUUAGGAAGAACAAGUACAAUUCAGUGAAAAGGGGAUAAGAGUUUGUAUUGUAAUUAAGCUUGGAAUAUGUAUUGACCUGUUUGUUCUUGUGCAGUUGUAUCAAAAGUAACUCUUAAAUGAUGUAGUUCCCCUAUUUUUAUUUUCUCGGUCAGUAAGACAGCAAUUCAUACUGCAGGGGAUAAAUGUUAUGGCCAUACAGUAAUUAAAUAUUCUGAUGCCGCUGCUACUUAAGGAUAAAAAAGAAGGGUUUGAAAUAACAUGCAAGAUAGAAACCAAAGUACAUAUGAAUUCCUUGUGUGUGGUGAUUUUCACUAUUCAACUUUAUUCUUAAAGCCGCUGAGAACUCCAGAAAUCCACAGCCUUACUCUUUCUGAAAAAAAUUGGAAAUCAUUUGUGGGUUAAACUUUAGAACCCCCCUCCUUCCCCAGAGAAUAACUUCGCUAGUCUCUUCUUUUUCUUCCUUCCUUGGGUAUAUAUUAAGGAAGUUCAUUUCAAUACAACAAUAAUUGUUUGAGGGGAGGUUUUUGUGUUCACGACUAAUUUAGAACUUGUAGAUUUGAGCUGCCUGAAUUGGCCAGACAGCUGUAAUCGCACUCCUCUAUUCUUAAUCUCUUUAUCUGGGCAGCAGCUGCCAUAUGGCCACAGUCAGCUGGAUCAGAUGUUUAUAAGCUUCCUUCUUCGUCCCUCUCUGUCCUUUCAGCCUCCUAAUUUGAUCACAGCUACCUUGUGAGCUGCCCUCCAAUCUUUAUUUUUAGCCCUCUUAAGGAUUAGGAUGGAUGUUGGCUGUGGGGCACUUAAAGUGAUUGUAUUGUAAAUCUUCUUGCUUUAUUCCAGCAGUAGUAUUUUAUAGAAUAUACUUGGGACAGGAUUAUAACUUUUAAGAAUAUAUCUCUUUGCCCAAAGAUGCAGCUACUGUAUGUAACUGCUUUAGCAAAACUUGGAUUGCAAGUCACAGAAAUGAGGAAAAUACUUAAAGCCUUAAAGUAGAAACUUCCAGUGCUUGUUUCAAAAAUCUUCUCUUCUAAAGAGGAAUCACACAGACAAAACUACCAGAAUAAUGCUUGAAAGAGAGGGAAAGCAAAAUUAUUCAAUCUUUUUUUGAGACAUUUUUCUUAUUAUAGCAUAUUGGUCAAAGUAUUCUCCAGAAAUGAGAUUAAUAGAGGGGCAACCUCUUCUGCGUAACUUUCACUUGUUUACAUUUUAGUGUGCUCUUUUGAAGUUUUUGCCUAUGAAUUAGGGUUGCUUUUCAAGAGAGAGAGAGAGAAUACUGAAAAGACUAGCAUUCCCAGAUGAGGCCAAAAUUUUAUCUCUGCCAAAGCAAUUUAGAAGAGCAGCCAUUGUCAUCUUGAUCAGUUAAAUAUUAUCUUCUAUCCCUUCGCUGUAGAAUUAUGCAUGCUACAUUUCAAGUUUUUGCUUCUGCCCUCACAUUGUAAGAUUUGUUGUAACAUUUAACUUCAUCAAGCUUAAUACUUGAUCCCCCCCCCCCACUCAUCUGAUUGUAAAAUAAGCUGCUAAUAUAUCUCUGGAAGAUGGAGAAAGAAGAUAGUUGAAUAGAAAGAAGCUAUGAAAAGUUGACUAAUUUAUCCAUGUGAUUUGUUGCAUGCUGUUGGAAAUACGACUCAUUAAUAACUUCAUAUCUUGCAGAAAUUGUAAAUGGGUGGGCACAUAACUGAUUACUUCCAAUGCUUAACUAAGUCUUUUUUCCUCCUAGGUUAUGAAGACAGCAUGGAGUUUCCUGACCAUAGUAGACAUUUACUACAGUGUCUGAGUGAGCAGAGACAUCAGGGUUUUCUUUGUGACUGCACUGUUCUGGUAGGAGAUGCCCAAUUCCGAGCACACAGAGCUGUACUGGCUUCGUGCAGCAUGUAUUUCCACCUAUUUUACAAGGACCAGCUGGACAAAAGAGACAUUGUUCAUCUGAACAGCGACAUUGUUACAGCCCCAGCUUUCGCUCUCUUGCUUGAAUUCAUGUAUGAAGGGAAACUCCAGUUCAAAGACUUGCCCAUUGAAGAUGUGCUAGCAGCUGCCAGUUAUCUCCACAUGUAUGACAUUGUCAAAGUCUGCAAAAAGAAGCUAAAAGAAAAAGCCACCACGGAGGCAGACAGUACGAAAAAGGAAGAAGAUGCCUCAAGUUGUUCAGACAAAGUGGAGAGCCUCUCUGAUGGCAGCAGCCACAUGGCAGGAGAUAUACCCAGUGAUGAAGAUGAAGGAGAAGAUGAGAAAUUGAGCAUCCUGCCUAGCAAAAGAGACUUGGCGGUCGAGCCUGGGAACAUGUGGAUGAGAUUGCCCUCGGACUCGGCAGGCAUUCCCCAGAGUGGCGGAGAGGCAGAGACACACGCAACAGCAGCUGGAAAAACAGUAGCCAGCCCCUGCAGCUCAACAGAGUCUUUGUCCCAGAGGUCUGUCACCUCCAUGAGGGAUUCGGCAGAUGUUGACUGUGUCCUGGACUUGUCUGUCAAGUCCAACCUUUCCGGAGUUGAGAAUUUGAACAGUUCUUAUUUCUCUUCGCAGGACAUGAUGAGAAACAACCUGGUGCAGGUGAAGGUGGAGAAAGAGGCUUCCUGUGAUGAGAGUGAUGUUGGCACUAAUGACUAUGACAUGGAACAUAGCACUGUGAAAGAAAGUGUGAGCACUAAUAACAGGGUACCGUAUGAGCCAGCCCACCUGGCUCCUAUGAGGGAAGAUUCUGUUCUGAGAGAGCUAGAUAGAGAGGACAAAGCAAGUGAUGAUGAAAUGAUAACUCCAGAGAAUGAGAGAGUUCAGGUGGAAGGGAAUAUGGACAGCAGUCUGCUCCCUUAUGUCUCCAACAUACUUAACCCUGCAGGCCAAAUUUUCAUGUGUCCCCUCUGCAACAAGGUCUUUCCCAGCCCCCACAUUCUGCAGAUUCACUUAAGUACGCACUUUCGAGAGCAGGACGGGAUCCGCAGCAAGCCUGCCACUGAUGUCAAUGUCCCGACCUGCUCCUUGUGUGGUAAGACUUUUUCUUGCAUGUACACCUUGAAACGUCACGAGAGGACUCAUUCAGGCGAAAAGCCGUACACUUGCACCCAGUGUGGGAAGAGCUUCCAGUACUCCCACAAUCUGAGCCGCCAUGCCGUAGUUCACACACGGGAGAAGCCACACGCAUGCAAGUGGUGUGAACGCAGGUUCACACAGUCCGGAGACCUUUACAGACAUAUUCGCAAGUUUCACUGUGAGUUGGUGAACUCAUUGUCUGUCAAAAGUGAAGCACUGAGCUUACCUACUGUCAGAGACUGGACAUUAGAAGAUAGCUCGCAAGAACUUUGGAAAUAG